AUGUUGCAGCAUAUAAAUUAUCGUAUGCGCUGCACAUUACAAGAUGGACGACAGUUAGUUGGAACAUUUAAAGCAUUUGAUAAACAUAUGAAUUUAAUACUGGCUGAUUGUGAAGAAUUUAGAAAAGUACGAAGUAAAGUUGAUAAAGCUGAAAAAGAAGAACAACGUCCAUUAGGAUUAAUAUUAUUACGUGGAGAACAUUUAGUAUCAAUGACUAUCGAAGGACCUCCUCCAAAAGAAGAGGUUGGCAUUGCACGCGUUCCUACAGCUGGUAUGUCAGCGGGAGCUGCACGUUCUGCAGGCCGUGGUAUAAUUCCUCCAACACAUGCUGGUCCAGCACCCGGUUUACAAGGACCUGUUCGUGGAGUUGGUGGACCUGGAUAUCAGCAAAUGACACCAGGCAGUCGUGGAAUGCCCGGAAUGGGAGUACGUGUUCCAAUGCCUCCAAGUAUGCCUCAAAGGCCAAUGUGA